AUGUUUCACAAAAAUGAAAACAUAUUUACCCGGCAUAAAUUGUAUAGAGGAGAAGACUUUGAAGAGGAAUUAAAUGAUUUGUUCAACAAGAAGUAUCAAUUCCGGUUUAACAGCGAAUGGAAACUGCCCGACCAAGAGUCCUGGUUUUCUACAGCGCCAUGGAAACUUAAGGUUCUCGAGUCUCUCAAAUCCAGACUAAAUUUCCAUAAGAGUCAAUUAAAUGACUUCAGCCUUGAGGAAUGGAGUAGCCACACGCGGCGCCGAAACCCAGCGGGGGAAGUGGGUUGGAAGAUUCGAUGCUUAGUGAACCCUGAAUUUUUGACUCAGGCUUGGACAAAAUUCUAUGAAUGUGCUUGCACAUAUGAAAUUGUGCCAAAGGAAGCUAAAAUAUCAAAUAAGAUAGUUUCUCUUCACUUAUGUGAAGCACCGGGAGCAUUUAUUACAUCUUUAAAUCAUUACUUAAAGUCUCAUCAUCAGGAAAUGCAGUGGCAAUGGGUAGCAAACACUCUAAACCCAUAUUAUGAAGGUAAUUCUCCGUCAAACAUGAUCAGUGAUGAUCGCUUCAUGUUCCACACUUUAGACCAUUGGCAUUUUGGAGUUGAUAGUACCGGCAACCUCAUGGAUUGGGAGAACUCGCAAGCGAUCAUCAAUAAGGCUAGAAGCUUAGGAAAAGUUUUGUUAGUGACGGCAGACGGAUCAAUAGAUUGCUUGCAGAAACCUGAUGCACAAGAAGAAGUCACAUCUCCUUUGCAUUACUGUGAGAUUGUUACCGCAUUACAAUCAUUAAGUCCAGGUGGAACAUUAAUAUUCAAACUGUUCACAAUAUUUGAACACACAACAGUAAGCUUGCUGUAUCUCAUCAAUCAUCUGUUUAAAGAGGUCAACAUUUAUAAACCAGUAACAUCCCGUCAAGGAAAUUCAGAGGUUUAUGCUAUAUGUCUUGGUUACAAGGAAAAUGUUAAUUUAAACAAUUAUAUUUCCAUUCUAAAAUCAACCUAUGGAACAGAUCUCUAUUCAAAGACAGCUUUAUUUCCAUUGGAAUCAAUUCCAGAAUCAUUUUUGAAGCAAAUUGAGGAGUGUGCAUAUUAUUUUUGUUCCAUACAAUGCCAUGUGAUAAAUAAUAAUCUUCAAGCAUAUUUAAUGCAGAAGAAUAUAGCACUACAUAGAGACAUGAAGAAAAUCAGGACAAUUGUGGCAUCAGAGUUUAUUUGGAAGUAUGACCUGAAACCAAUUGAUAUUGAAAAAGAGAUUCUUAAAGGGAUAUUACAUGAAGAAAAUAAAAUUAAUACCAAUCCUCGAUACCACCGAGGGUCAUUCACAGAGAGGCAGCUGUAUACAAAGAUGUCACUGAAAGAAAAGCUUAAGAAUCUUAAUGCAUUUUUGCAAGCUGAACUUCUCUCCAAUCCUCUUAUAUUAAUAAAUGAGCCCAUACGCUGGAUGGUGAAGGAAGAAAAUCUUAAACUUGACCCCGUCUUUACAUACGGCAGGCCAUUGCAAAAGGUUAACAGUUCAAAAUUCAUCUUUGUACCAAUAUUCAAACUAUAUCAGCAGAUACUGGCUGAAGAAGAAUUCAUGGAGAUUAUAUCUUAUAAACAAACCAAAGGUCAGGUUAAAAUGACAUUGGAAAAUGAAAUCUCAAAGGUUCUGACUUUACCGGACAUUAAAUACAAAGAUAGUUACAAUGUUUAUGAAAAGAAUUGCUUCAAAUCAUUGCUCAGUAUUCUUAAAGAGUUAGAAGUCGGGGAGUCAUUGAUACUAAAAAACUUUAACACACUGACUCAUUUCAAUGUCAGCGCUCUGUAUAUUCUUUCUAAGACAUGUUUUGAAAAGACUGGAUUUGCUUCGUGUGGGAGUAUAGUCUUAAGUAACUUACAGGACAAAUCUCUGUUGAACCUUCUAGAGGUGAUCGAUGCGGAGUGUGAUAAAGUAAGGAAUGAUAAAGCUGUGGAUGUUCUCAAUACUCUUCCCGUACAAGUUACGAAUGUUGGUGAAUUUUUCCACAAUAUAGUAUUUUAUAAUAAUACAUUUCACAGGAACAAAUGCAUGGAGUAUUUAUAUACCAUCGAGCAAUCUCUUUAA